UGUUGUGAAAAGACAUUGUGAAACAUGUUAAACUUUUUUUUUUUUUCUGACAAAUCCAGAUGGGUGUCUUCUGUUCCUCUUUUCAAGUUACAAACAUUCUGAACCCCCCUACGCUUUCCACAUUUCUCUACACAGAGAGUCAUUCACGCUAGCCAGACCUGACAAACUCUGCAGGUCUUAUCCCUUCAAGCAAGAUGAAUGUGUGUUCCACUGUUAGCCCAACAUAUGCUAAGUGUGAAAAGGCGUUUAAUACUAAUCAGGAGAGCCUCCAAGAAAGCAACAGAGACUGCAAAGACAGACCAGGACCAGGAUAUGUCACAACACACAGCCAGAAACCCAGAGAGGACUCAUUCUCAGCUACCCCCGACUCCAAUCCAGCAUCCCGCUCUUGUCAGCGACGGUGGUCAAUUGACUUUUCCAGUGAAAACACCUCUGUUAUCAUUGUGAGGAAGAGCAAGAAGGAACCACAGCCCCCUCAGCGUAGCGUAUCCCUCCUCCAGCCUAACACUGCAUCCGAUCGUUCAUUAAAACGUUACUCCUGCCCCCCAAUUGGAUUCUUUGGGUCACUGAGUCGACCGUCCUCCUCUUCCUCCGCAUCCUCCUCUUCCUCCUCAUUGUCCACCUCUUCCUGCCCCUGCUGCUCUCCUCCUCCUGUCCCAACGUCUGUCAUCACUGGCCCUGACCCUUUUGGGUGGAAGUUGCAUCCUAAGUCCAGAAGCAGCUCCAGCCGGGCUCGCACUAAAAGGCUGUCCCUGCAGAUUUCCCUCCCUGUCAUCACUCCUGAACUCAAAACCAGUCCUGCACCCAACCCUCAAUCAGACAACGCUCCAAGUCCAGACCCCACCCCUAAAACCAAACCCCCAUUCAGACCCAAACCACCACGUCGCCGCCACUCAGACUCAGCCUUCAUCAGAUCUCCGGCAAACCCUCUGCCUGUGGUGACCCUCGAUGAGCUCUGCUCUGUGCAUCUCCACCCGGUCACUCUUUCACACGAAUCUGAUGAUGUCUUCAGCACGGGGAUGGAGGAGAAGGUGAAGGCGACGCCCAGGCCGCACAAAAUACCACCGCCUGUUCCAGAAAAAACUGUAAUGGCAAGACAAAUAGCACAGCUGAUUGCUCUUUCACACAGACGCUGUAAAGCAAAUGAAGAAAACAUUUACAGCAGUGUUUUAAAGCCAAACCCUCAACAUUCACGUCAGGCUGAGGACCACAGCCGCCUUCGUGAGAGGCACGCUGGGCUGCCUGUGGAUACCAGCCACGACAGGGAGAGGUCCACCCCACGCUUCCCCGGCUGAGGAGACCGGCCGAGGAGACCUGAGACUUCUUUAACAUCCAACGCCAUGAACUACCAGGAACAAGUUCAGAGAUCAUGGUACAUGUACUGCUUGUCCUGGGGAUGGGACUCGCACGGUGCAUUUGCCUGUUUUCAUGUUGAGAGUUCUAGAGCUUAAAACAUACUUUUCUAGCCUGCACAAAUGAAAAGAACAAAAAAAACAAACAACCGCAUGAUGUUUUACCUCUGCUGUAAAUAUCGAACUAAACUCCUCUCAGUUGUGGAAAUGUGACUUGCUUUUUUAAAGACAUUUUAAGGGCUUUUUUUUUAGCCUGGAAGAGGGGAGGACAUGUAGUUAGGGGGCCACAGGGCCAUAGCUGAGGACACAGGACACACUCUACCCGAGCUGCCAGGGUGGGACGUCUCUUCAUUUGUUGUGUAAGUUACAAGCAAGUGCUACUUUAAGGCUUUGUGAUGCUACUUCUUCCCUCUGGUUGCGAAUAGAGAAAAAAAUAAACAAACAAACAAAAAUAAAAAAACACCCCACUUAAUUUCCCUUUGAGUUGCUGCUGUAUCUUUGCCUGUACAGUAUAUAAAAAUUUCUUGAGUUGUUGACUGCAGAUUACAUAUAAUAAUGUGAUAUUCUUGCCAGCAAAUCAUAACAAUUUGAAGUGAUAUUGGUUGAAUAAUGGUUUAGUUGUUCAAAAGGAAAUAAAAAGGUGUCAAUAAAUCAUCAGUCUUUUCAGUUAAUUUUUUUUGUUUUGUUUUGAAGCUGAGGAGCCUUGAAUGACCCCCUCCUUCCUGUUAAAGAGAAGCAAAAACACUACUUAAAGCUUUCGAGUUUGUUUUUCAUCACUGUUAACUGAAUACUAUAUUGUUCUAAGAGGGUUUUGUUUUGACUGAUGAAACUGAUCAAAUAAAACAAUUUUAAU